UCUUCUCCCCGAGCCUCAUCUCCCGCCAACGCCGCUGCCGCCAGCGGCGCCAGUACUGGCCGUCCUUCCUCUCCCACCCCCCCUGGUGGACCUCGCACCGCGAUCCGACGACGAGCUGCUGCCGAUCAGAAGGAGAAGAUCGCCAAUGCGCGCCCAUCGAGCACGAGGGCUGCUGGUGCCGGUGGCUCCAGCAGCACCAUGCUGAGACUUUACACCGAUGAGUCGCCCGGUCUCAAGGUCGACCCCGUCGUCGUCCUGGUUCUUUCCAUUGUCUUUAUCUUCAGCGUUGUUGCCCUUCACAUUAUUGCCAAGAUCACCCGACGAUUCUCCAGCUAA